GAUACGACUGAAAUGAUUUAGCAGCAGCAACAGCAGUCUUCAGUUGGGUGAAAGAUUAGAUACUGGAGGAAGGACCAAGGAGUAUCUUCAGAGAUUUUGAGCUCAAGGAUUUUUGGCUGUGAGACCACUGUCACCAGGGAAAGAUUUUUUUCCUUAAAGAAACUUAAAAAUUAGAGUGUUAGAGAAAUAUGACAAUAUCCACAGAGGUCAGGUAAGUAACAUAAAUGUGUAAAUAAAUGGUCAGCAUAUAGGAGUGAUGGGCCCUGGUGAUGAAUUAGAAAACAACUGGCUUGCUUAAAGUUUUAAAAAAUUCUAGUUAAAAAACAAGCAAACAAACAAAAUUCCUUUAGGCAAACAGCAGACAUCCAGAAUAGAUGAGUAGACCUAGCCACAAUCAGCAACUACUUUAUGGCUUUAAGUCAGAAGUGGUCACUGACACAUCUCUGCAGGUACACACCUCUGCAGGUACACAUCUCUGCAGGUACGCAUCUCUGUGAGAAGACAGAAUUCUGUAACAUAGUUAAAAACAGCUCUAGAAAACUAACUCUUACAAGAGAUGCACAAGGAAAUCUCAUUAGUGUGUCUCAAUGCAAGGCAGUGUUUACAGUCUCUUCUCACUCAUCCUCAAGCUUGAGGCCACAUAGUCUGGGAGGCAUUCCUUUCUGAUUCCCACAAUGUCAUUUUAAAGAUGCUACCACUUUUACCUGUCCCUGCCACUUCAUCCAUGGUCCCUUCAUGCACCUCUGAUUUCCCAUCACCCACCUGUAACAUCAAAGCUCUCCAUUUCCAAGCCAUAACCAGACUGGCCAUCAGGCUGGUGGAGGGUAUGGAGAGUGAAGACAGAGUGGGACCACAGACACUGCCUGUGAGUGGCACGUUCAUACCUUACAACCAGACCCCCUCAUCUGCAAAUGGAAUUACCACAUGGACUUCCUAGACAGGUGAAGCUCUCUGACACCGUACCUACCUUGUGAAACAGAAGGGCUUUGUGAUGCAGUCUGAUGGCUUGGUUCCGUCAUCUGUGAGGUGGAGACGACGAUGUGUAGCAAGCAUUGGAAGUCAGUAGGUGCCAGGACUCUGAAUGCCUACAUUCAUAAGGAUGGUUGGUCUCCUCGUGAUUAUGAGGUUUAGACCAUGCUGAGCCAGACUUUUGUUCUCUGGGAUUUGGGGUAUCCCUUAUAUACCUAUGGCUCCAUCUUCAUUAUUAUUCUAAUUAUCUGGCAAGUGAAAAAGAGUUACCAUGGAUUAACGGAACAUAAAAGGAGCUGCUGCCGGCGUCACCGAAAAGUGAGACAAAGGGCUAGAGAUGCAGCAUCAAGAGCUAGGAGACAUUCCCGGAAAGAAGUUGACAAGCUGUGGGAGCUGCUCUCAGUCAUGCGAAGCCAGGGCUGGCUACCUCAGGAGGGGAAUGUGCGGCAGAUCCUGUGUGCAGAUCCGGGCUGCCAAACCUGCAACACCAUGGCUCUGGAGAUUCAGCAGUUGUUGGGUGAGAACACCCUGAUCUCCCCCACUUCAGGGGAUACCUCUCAGGGCUCCUCUUGCCGAGAGGUUUUGUCCAUGUCUAAUGUGACUUUGGAGCAGAGUCUGGAGCAUCGUUCCCCACACUCCAAAGACCUUUCACUUCCAUCUGCAACCCUCACAGUGUCACAGAAAUCCUUAGUCCAGUCAGUGGCCCAGUCACCUGGUGCAGCCGGCAUCCAUGAUUACUGGGCUGAACAUGUCAAGCUAAGGCAGGGAUUCCAAGUGCUAGAGGGUCCCUCAGGGACUGAGGAGCCUAGAAUUUCAAUGAAUCUUCAGGAGAUGAUGCAGAGCAACCUCAGCCUCAUCUGUGGGAACCAAGUCCAGCAGCCCUUAAAUCCCCAGGUCUCUCUGCUGACCCUGAAACAAGAAAUUACUACCCUGACACAUCCAGUGGCCUUGCCGAUGGUCACUGUCCUCCCUGCCCACCUGCCGUUCCUGAGUCCUGAAGUCCUGAGACUUCUUGAGGUCCAUGUGAAAAAAUGGAUGCAUUUCCAGAGGUGGGGGCUCCCCAGGCGUGUAGAAGAGUCCCUGAGGCAGCUGAUGCCAAAGCCGCCACUAUUUUACCAAACUGUAUAUAAGCAACCAGUUUCUUUCAUCCACAAUAAUACUUCUCAUUUCUCUGUUGAGAAAUUUGGGACCAUUUCAUACCAGAACUGGGGUUCAGGUAUGGCCGGCCAGCCUACCCAGGCCUUCUGGGUUUCUGAAUGGUGCAUUACGGAUCCAGAACAAAGACGCCUCUACCAGCAAAUCCCCAACCAUAAGGCUUUAGCCUUGCCCUCUUCAGCCCUUAAAGAAUUAAGUGGCCUCUAUCUAAUGUCUGGGCAACAGGCUAGUGACUCAGUGGGCCCCGUGCAGCCAAAAUACAGCCAGCUAUUCUGUGGCCUGCCUUCUCUGCACAGUGAGUCGCUGGUUGACACCUUCUUGGCUUCUCAAGGCCUCUCCAACGAUGAGAGCAUGUCCAAGCCCCACUUGAAGGAUCCCUGUCUCUUCAAGGAACUCUCCUUCCUCCCUUUGCUCCCUAAAACUCCAACCCAGUCAACUCCACUCUCUUCUCUGUCUUCGCAAGAUUGUGUUGCUCUAUCUGCUCACCAAGCUCACAUCAAUGUCCCAUUUCUGACUCUGGACGAGUGUGAAGCCUUGGAGUGGCACCUGCUGCAGAGGCAGCUCCAGCUUCAGUGGGACUUGCCAGAUGUUUUCCAGAGAGAGCAACAUGUCCAGAGCCCCGUGGAGUGUAAGCCCAGUGACAAAGUCCAGUCUUCUGAGACUCUGAAAACUUUCUCGCCGGGAAAGCGUGUCUCAGUCCUCACAAGGGAACUACUCUUCCCGCAGCACACCAGGAGGGUGCUGGAAUACCACCUCCAGAGACAGCUGAUUCACCACCGCUGGGGCCUGCCCCAGAAGAUCCAGCAGUCCAUCCAGUUGCUCCUGUCCCCCACUAACCAGCAGACUAUAUCCUGGAGCAGCACAGCCCUAGACAGUGUGAAUGGCCCCCAGCCUACAUCUCUGGAGGCCACUGGAGCUGAUGACCCAUUCUUACCUAUUGUGGACGCAUUGUCAGUCCCCAUGCCACACUUGUUUGACCAGGCCAAGGCAAUAUUGCGGGGCCAUAUUGACUCCAAAGGUGGACAAAUUCACCAGGGCAACAUCCCUGCCUGUGUAUAUAGUUCUUGGGAGUGCAUAAUUCCUGGGGGCCUAGGAGUGACUCCCUUCAGCUGCGUCCUGGAAAGCAAGCCCCUGGAACUCCAGGCAGCAGCUGACCAGGACCUUCAACAGAAAGUUAUACCCAGGAUGCCAGUGGCCCUUGAUCAGCAGCAACAGGUCUCACCAAAAGCUGUCACUGAACAUCCUAAGCUGCCCGGAGUCCUGUCAGAGGCAGCCAUUGAGAAACUGGAGAUAACUUUACGGCACAAGUAUCUGGCCUUCUUGUCAGGGCUGCCUGCUCUUUAUUGUGUGGCUCUCUCCAGGGCCAUGGCCCCAGCAACCACGUCAGUCACAUCCCCAGCUAUGAUCACAGAGAUGGUGCCUGAGCCUGUUGAAUUCUCAACAGAACCUCUGACUCAGGUGACCUCACCUGAAGAGCAGGGUCCAAGUCCUGGGCCAGGCUUUCAAGAGGCCAAUGAGGCUCUUUCAAACACUGCAGAAGAAUUCCAGGUUGAUGCGCAGGUGAAAGGAGUAGUUGAGAUGCUGCCUAUAGAAAGCCAAACAGAGCCUGAGAGGCCCUCUUCACUUGGGGAGCACAUCUUGGCCAAAAUGAAUUUCCAUCUGAGAAAGAAGAUCCUAGAAGCACAAAUUGGAAUUCCCUUAAAGGCAAGAGAGUCCAGGGAACAAGUUGUAGGAACGUCAGAGGAUGUAUGUACACAGGAGUCUCUUGAGAGUUUAAACAACCAAGGACAACCACUGCUCCAGGAACUCCCCAUCCCACCAGAUGUGCCAUGUGCCCCAGACCCAGAGUGGCUCCACCUCAAAGAACAGCUGGCCACUGAGUCAAAGGUGGUGCACCAGAAACAGAAGCAACCCAGUUCCAGCAUAGUACCCCAUGGUUCUGUCCACUGGGCUUCCAGUAUCUUAGUCAGCGGGGACAUGACAGAGGCCCAGGUGCUUUGUGUUCAGCUGGAGGCCAGUGUGAACAACCCCAGUCUGGAAGAGCCUUGGAGCCCUGAGCCCUGGAGCCCUGAGCUCCAUAGUCCUGACAAGAGCAAGGACUCAGCCCAAGUCCCUACACUGGCAGAAAAGAGAGAGGAGCCAGGCAAACCCAGAUUGGCUGGGGACCAUGGAGAAGGUGAUGCUGGGUUCACACUCUCCUCCACAAGAGAAAAAAGCCACUCUGUUGAAGGCCUGAGGCCAGAAGGGAUACUUCUGAAUAGGACACCCCACAGCCCCUGGCAACGGAGACAUCGCUUUCACCUUGAUGCUUCCUGUCAACACAGUCCUCGGCAUCGCCCUCAGCCUAAACUCCCACAGCUACCUCCUGGAGUCCCUAGGGGGAAGGAUUCUCAGAAGAAGGACCUGCAAGACAGUCAAGCCAAGCUCAGUGUCAUCCUCAAACCAGCAAGGGUUCCCGAGAAUGCCCAGCCUGUGGUGCCCCAAGCGUCACGAGGCCAGCCUUUCCUGGGCCAGCUCACUGUGGGUAAGCCAUUGGAGGGCCGAGCUUUACAAGGUCAGGUCUUUCCGAGGCAGGUAGUGCAAGGCCAUACUCACAAGAGGCCCAGCCUUCCAGAAUAUGGCUUGAUAAAUAAGAUGAAAUCUCUUCUGCACUGUAUUACACCCAAGACAAAAGGCAAAGGGCAUGAGGCAUCCAUGUCCUCUGCAUCUGAGAAAGUGACCAGCACUAGAAAAGAAAAUGUGGAAAAAAGCUUGGCUCCAGCCAAAAGUCCCAAGGGACGAACUAAGACAGAGAAGACAAGAGGGGACCCCAAGGCCCAGUUUCCACCCCCUGAGAAGCAGAUGAGCCUGGCUUUCAUGGAUGUUACCCACUCCCCAGACAGUAAGCUCCGGCACCACUCCCGCUCCCAUCAACUCCACUUGGCCUCAGUCUUGGGUGCCCCCCACCACUGUCCUCGGCACUGUCCUCGAGUGGCUUGUGCCACCCAACCAAAGAACCCACCCUAACUCUCAGCUCUCACCUCUCACCUCAGAAGGAAACUCUAGUCUGCUCAAGAAGACCCAACACAGUCAGAAGACUUUGUAGUCUCCCCAGUGUCUGCAUCCCUUGAGGAGGACUGCUCCUGUCAUUUUUAUUAAUGUGCAGGUGGGCAGAGUACCACCCCAAUACACUCUAUAUAUCUCUAAGCAGAGAGUUGUAUGUCUGCUGCUUUUCUCCACCAUGGUGUGCUCAGGGAAGGCAUAAUGGAAGUAAAUGUCCUUCCUAUCUAGGGAAGGAGCUUUAACCCACUCUUAAGCUGGGACAGCAUUCCACACCCACCCCCCUCAACCCCAAACCCACUGGACUGUGGAUAAAAGGGACUUGAGCAGAGAAGGAAGGCCCUUGUCUAAGAUACAUUGAAGUUAAAGGUCAGACUUGAAUUUGAUUAAUAUCAUGGUGUCCUUGGCCCAGAGAAGCAAUGUGGAGGGUAGUACUGUCAAGAACGAGUGGCCAGGAAUUUUUUGCUCCAGGCAAAAUUCAUUGAUGACUUCUAUAUGUAUGCUCACAAUCUGGAAGGGAGAUAUUUAGGAGAGUGCCAGUGUUCCAAUCUUGAGGAGGUGCUUUGUAUUAUCAAUAGCAUAUAGGUAAUAUGAUAAAUACCAAAAACAAAUGAUAGAAUCUCCCCUUCUGCUCCUGUCGGUUAUGUUAGAUCUUUCUGGAGAGCUCACCUGGGAGGCAGCUGUAGUUCUCUUGCCUGUAUCCCACCUCCUCUGUCUAUCAGCUGCAUGGAAUAAGUGACACUGGGAAUGAAGAUCACAGUAGGACAUGGAAACUCCCAAGGGUAGGCAGGAGAGAAGCAGGAAGGGAGAGCAUGUAGAUGGAAGUCCGAGUACUUGGGAUAGAAGCUGACAUGGUCCUGAAGAGGGCAUAAUAAGAGAAAAGACUGGUUUGCUUGAACCAGGAAGCCAACACAGUGCCCACUUGCUUUUAGGGGAUGGGGACGAAUAAACUGAGUUUUGGUGGUUCAUAGUGUGAAGAAGAGCAGUGAGUUGAACCUUGUUGUCCAAGGGCAAUGCAAAUUAAAAUUUCUGAACACUCACCCUCCACCCUACAAAAUUGUUCAGUGUUAGGGAUUGGUGUAACUAUAAACCCGUGUUUUUGCUCAGCUCAAACAUGAAGUCAGUGACUGUGUUCUAAUCUUGAUAUAUCUCAACUUUGCCCCCUUUUUUCUGUGUUUACUGUCUCUGUUGUUAAAUUACUCACUCAUUCUUGCCUAAAUAAUGCAGUAGUGUCUCAUAUGCCCAGGGCCUAGGAUAGUGGUUGGCAUAAUAAUACCUUAAUGGUACUUGAAUACAAAGUCUGGGCUGUGGAGGCAAACAAAUCAUUACAUUAGUAUGUUGAGUGCUAUGGAAUAAGGAGUCCUGUCAUGGGAUUAUGGGGGUACUCAGCUCAGAAGGACCCCAGAAGGGUCACAAUAAAAUAACCUUGAUUAUGCUGUGCACCUUAAACUCACACAGUGCUGUAUGUCAAUUAUAUCUCAAAAUGGAAGGAAGAUAAAAUAAACUUAAAAAAUAACUUUGAGAACUAUUUUACAUUCAAUUAAAAUGUUUAUUUACUAUAUGCAAAUAGCUAUAACUAACAUGGCAAAGACAUAGAAUUUAAAAGUGGAACUCGUGAUUUCAUGGGAUAGACAGUCUACAUGCCCAGAUUGUCUAUUAAACACAUAUACUUGAAUGUCCAAUAUUCAUCUUAAACUAUAGAACAGUACAUUCUUGAUUCCCUGUGCCCAUCCAUUAUCUCAUUACACAUAUGAAACAUGCUCCAAUCACAGUAUUCAUAACAUCAGUUAAUGGCAAUGGCAUCUUUGCAGUUGUUCAGGACAAAAACAUUGAUGUCUUCCUUGACAUUUUUUCCCUAACUGUCAAUAUCCAGUCCACUCUGUUGUCUCUACCUUCUGAAAUGAAUUCAUAACACAACCACUUCUCACUCACUUCGCUGCUAUUAUUACUGCAGUAGUAUAAUAACUAACCCCAACUUCUGCCUGACACCACACUUCUAACAGUCUGUUCUCAACACAGAAGCUUAAUACUCCUCAGGGAGGGUCCUGACUAUAGACAACUAGAUAGAAAGAUAGAUUAAAGUUAGAUGAUGAUGAUGAUGAUGAAGAAGAAGAAGAUGAAGGAGGAGGGGGAGAGGGAGGAGGGGAGGAGAAAGAAAGGCAUGUAAAACCAUGAGACUGGAUAAGAUCAUCCAGACAAUGAUUGUUAAUGAAGGAACGAUCUAAGGACCAAGCCUGGGACACCCCAACAUUAAGAAUUUGGAGGAAAAAUAGGAACCGAUAAGCAGAGACUGGGAAGUAGUCAGUGAGGUGGGAGGAAAACCAUGAUGCGGGAGAGAAAGGGAGAACUGCAAGAGAGGCAAGGUCAUGGUGCAGAAGUAUAACAUAAUAGGAGUAAGUCCCAGGUUGAGGGGUUGGCCUUGGCUAAAAGCACAGAUGCUUCACUAGUGGUAAGUAGAGAGAAAGUAACAGUGAGGAGGGACUCUGUGUCUCAUGCAAAGAAUGGUUUCUCUACAAUUAAGGGAGCAAGGCAAAUACCUGAAGGGGUGAAUGAGGAACUAGGAAAGAUCAUGGCUGGGGGAGGGGUUGAUACCAAAAGCCAAAGCCAGAGAUGAAGAGGAAUUCUGGAAGUUACCAUGGCAAGGUUUUUUUUUGUUAGGGCCUAAGAAAAUUGGUAGUAGCAUGUGAAUCCUGGUGAGCAGGAAAGCACAGUUGAGGUUAGUGGACACGUGGGAGGAAGUGUGGCAUCCUAAUUGUCAGC